UCCUCCCUCAGAUCCCUUAAAUCAUACCUCCCUCAAAUCUCAUUCAGAGCUCCUGGCAACUGAAGGACAGCAUGUCUGGUGGCAAAUACAUAGAUGAAGAGUUGCCUGAAGUUCUUUGAAGUGACCCUGUUAUUACCUAAAAAUAUCCUCAAACUUACAUACCUGGAAAAAAAAAAUAUUGCGAAUACCUUUCCAGCUGAAUACAGUAGUGACGUAAAAGGUGGAAGGAGGAAUCAGCGGGUGUUUCGGCUGCCUGGGGAGAUUGACACUCCCAGAAGUGUCGGUUUUCCAACACAUUUCAGCUAAGGUUUCUUGCAAAGUGGGCAGCAGAAAAAGGGUGUUCUCUACACGACCCCCAUCAUCCGACAUCAAGGCAACAUCUACAAACCCAACAACAAAGUCAUGGGAGACGACAACGAGAAGAUAGCUCAUGAUGUCCUCACCAAGGAGAUCGACCUGGUCAACAGGGACCCCAAACACCUCAAUGAUGAUGUGGUCAAGAUUGAGUUUGAAGAUGUGAUAGCUGAACCUGAGGGAACCCAUAGUUUUGAUGGGAUUUGGAAAGCAAGCUUCACUACAUUCACAGUGACUAAAUACUGGUUCUACCGCUUACUGUCUGCAAUCUUUGGAAUACCAUUGUCACUUAUUUGGGGCAUUUAUUUUGCCAUCCUUUCAUUCCUCCACAUCUGGGCUGUAGUUCCAUGCAUAAAAAGCUACUUGAUUGAAAUUCAGUGCAUUAGCCGAGUCUACUCCAUCUGCAUCCACACAUUCUGUGAUCCAUUGUUUGAAGCCAUUGGCAAGGUGUUCAGCUUUGUUCGAAUUACUGUACGCAAAGAAGUAUAGGUGACAUCCAAACAGAGUUAUAUGUCAGAAAUGUGUCAAUAUUUUAUGAGCACUGACACAGGAUCAGUAACUAGAGUAUGUAUCCUGGGGCAAAAUCUUUACCCUUUUAGAAGAUUUAAGUAUAAAGGAGUGUUUGUUUUGUGAUAAAAUACAUUUUUUCUGUUACCAGCUACAUGCCGUUUUGUUGUCUCUUUGUGAAAUACUGUAUUUUUGCUUUUCUAUCCACAAAUUGCUUACAUGUUAUAAUUAAAAGGAUGCAAGCAAUAGGUGGGCAGGUAUCUGAUUAACAACGAACUGAUGAAGAUUGUAUUAUUUGGUUCAUUUCUCAAGCUGAUGCAGGUCUGUAAAAGAAUGUUAAUAGACUACAGCUGAGACAGUUCACAUUUUUUAUUUCAAAAGCAACAAACGCAAACAUACUGAGAGAUGCUUGCAGUUUUGUCAAAUGUAUAUACCGUAAAUGUAUUUAACGGAAGCUCUGUAGCUCAGUUUAACGGAGAAGCUUGAUUAUUUCUAUGCCUACUGUAAUAGCAAGAGUUUUCAGUAAAUAGCAAAUGUGUAAAUGUAACCACUUAUCACGAACAUUCUUUUUUUAACAUUUCAUGGAUUCUGAUGAAAGUCUGUUCUUUUUUGUUAAAGCAUUUGUAUUGUUUUAAUGGACAUUAAGCAAAUGGCGUUUAUUAAAGCUAAGUUUUUAAAAAUAUGAAAAAGUACCAAACACUAUUUCAUCAAUAAAGGGCAUAAUGUUGAAUUGCCAAA